AACGGACAAUUGGUGUGGUGUACACAGCAGUCGAUUCGCAGUGACAAUGGCCAUGAGGAGAGGCCCGUUCAAGCUCAAGCUGCAGCUGCCAGCGGAUGGCGAAGUGAAUCGCGACAAUAUGGAGAGUAGUGACUCCAGUUUCGACGAGGCGAGUAGCAGCGAAUCAGAGGUAGAAAUGAAGCACAAGAAGCGAAAAAGCGACAGCAGCUCCAGUUCCACUAGCAGCAGUGAGGAUGACAGCGAGAUAGAAGAGAAACCACGCGUCCAGGAAACUAAAGAUGUUGCGAUCAGCAAUUCUAGCAGCAGUGACGAGGAUUCGAGCGCAUCCGACCCCGGCAGCAGCGAGGAGAGCGAGUCAGAGGAGGAAAUACCUCGCAUAAAGCAAAGCCCGUCUAAGAAGAGUGUAGCGACAAAGAAGGAGGCCACAAAGACAAAAGAAUAUCACUCAGCAAAGAAGGAUAAGAAGAGGGGCUUUAAAGGCUUGAAACGCUUGAAGCGAAUGAGUGUGUCCGGCAGUAGUGGCGAGGACAGCGAGUUAGAAGAGGCUCGGCCACUUGACACGAAGGACGCGGUGAAGGUAGAAGCAGAUGAAGAUGGCACUGAAGCAGAGAUGGAUGAAGUGAAAGAGGAGGCUGCUGGUUCAGACACGGACGAUGAGGACUGGAAACCACAGGAUGAAGAAUCUAAGGGAGCCCAAAUGUCGACGAAAAAAUGGGAUGAAAUUGUCGAGGACAGUGACGAGGAAUGGCGUAGAGGCGAAUGGGAAAACGAGGAUAUGCAAACAGAAGAUGAAAAUAAUGAGGCGGUUUGUGACAGUGAUGUCGCACAAGCGAAGUUCGUGCUGCGAAAUAUCCUUUCGCGCGUUCCUCUCAUUGAAGAAACGGCGAUUCGUCGGGGAGUGAAGCUUUCUGGACCGCCGCUAGAGUUCGCUACUACGCACUUGGAUGAGUAUGCACGGAAAUUUCGGUGGCCACAACACAUUCGGAAUCUGCGCACUACCAAUUUUUCACAGGAUCCGUCAGAGAUUUUGGAGGACUACGAAGUUCUGACAGAAAUUCGGCAAUCAAACCCCGACUCAAGUGAGCACGACGCGCCUGAAGAGAGUCCGUUUGCACAAGUUCCACGCCCCAUGGUCGCACUAGCUGCUGAAGCCCUGCACCGCUCGUCACGAAAGCGAAAACGGACUGCCCGCAGUGAGAAUCGGGAUGAGGAUACUCCUUCUGCGGCUACGCUGCUCAGUAUCGCCCGUACUGGUGGUCAUUUUGGCGAUCACUUCGUGGAGUCCUUACUCACUGCUAACGGAAAGGCGCUGCAAGGCAUUAUUGACUAUGACUACGACAAGCGUUGCUGGUAGGCUCCGUCAUGAAUUGGGGCCUAGGAUAGUUCUAACCUUUUGUCAUGUGUUUGAUUUUAGGUCUUCACUGCCGACGAAGAAAAAGCCUAUCGCAAACUGGAAAUUUGUUCUGGAGCACGUUCAGAGAACUAUGGGUAAAUCGGAGAGUGCUGAUGCUAUCUACCCACCCAUGAAACAAGAAACGCUGGAGCGCAUUACAAAGCGCCUCAAGAAACUGUAUGGGUAUGCUACCCAGCAUGAAGAGAAUGAUGUGUUUGCCAGUCAAACGCCUACCACGAACUGCAACGCAGGAGAAAAUACCCGAGAAGAAACGGGGGAAAACAACGAAUAGUUUGUAGCUGUAACGAGCGACAUCUAUUUGUUCCACUGCUUUUCUUGUGGUGCCAAAUGCACUGCUGCAUUCAAAUCCAUUCAAAUCACAAGCUUGCGUCCAACCUUAAGUCUUGAGCGCUUUCUUCUUCUUCUUGUACUUGUCAAAGUACGCCUGCACCUUCUGGUUGUAGUUCUUGUCACGCUUCUGCUGGUUAGCUGUCUUAACGAUGACCUGCAAUACAUCUUCAUCGUGUAGCAAGUGCUCCUUGCCAACACGUUGCGGGUUGUACUUCGUGCUCGUGCCCCACACCAGUGCGUAGUUGAAGUUGUCCAGCAUGUCUUUUGAAAUCUACAACAAGUUCGUAGUUGUGAGGAGCGGCUCAUGCCAGGAUCCCCAGUGUUAAUGCUACAGCGAAGCAGGAACGUACCGACAAACAGGCAGACUGGACGCUGACACCUUUUCGCUCCGAGCCCAGAACAACCGGCUCCUCGAAUUGAGGGGCCUAUAUCGGAAACAGUAACGAUUCAUUAGCGUUGGUGCACUUGGAGACAAUAACUAGUGGUAAUCUUACCUCUCCACGACGCUUGGUGUAC